AUGUCCAUGAUCAUUAUUGUCGUUGAUUUGGUGCCGCUUCUUCUGGAGACCCUUCAGAACCUUCUUGCUCUAUUACCACGCUCAAAUCGACCAAGUGCCGAUCCAGUACUUCAAUCCCGACUGUUCUCUUACGCCGAUGCUCACAUUUACAGAUUAGGAAUCAACUAUACUCAGCUUCCUGUUAAUAAAUCUGUCAGCCCAGUGGCCAACUCUCAACAGUCUAGAGAUGGUCGAUGGGUAUCCGUUGCGGAUACGCGUCAUCCGCUGGCGGAUACCCGCCAGCGGUUGCGGAUGGCCCCUUUUCCACAAAACCCUGGCGGGUAUCCGGGUAUCCCCAAGGAUACCCGAGGCCGGAAGCUUGGAUUGGAUGAUGUUUUGCAAAAAUUCAGGGUGGACCCUUUGUUGGGAGUAUUAUGGGAAGCCACAAUGGAAGAAGCCUUGACUAAGCGGACGAUAGGAUGCGCCAACAUCCCUAAUUUACACGAGGCCAUUCACGUCUUGAUUACGCUCAAGUUCAUCAAUAGUAUCCUUCAACAAGAGCAAAAAAACGUGGCUGGCGAGGUUGCAGCUCGCCUGGUGGUCGGGACUGGUGAUGAUACCAGUUGGCCAUCAGAAGUUGAAGUCAAAGAGUCACUACUUGCCGGAGACGAAAUGCAGAUUGCCUCAAUCUCGGGGGCCAAUUUGAGCCGAUGGCAAGACGUGGCCUCUCAUCACAGGAACGAUAUCAGGUUGCCUGCGACAUAUUGUCCCCUCCAAGAUCUCCCUACUGGAUUGCACGUGGUGUUGAUACACUUAGCCUUUGAAGAAGAUAGUCUAUUCAUCAUCCAGCUCAACAAGAUGUGCAAUCCGUUGGGGGUCAAGCUGCUUCUGGAUUGGUUCAAUUGGAGGGAAGGGGAAGAUGAGCUGUUCACGUUGAAGGUGGCUCUGGACGAACUGCAGGCAAUCGUCAGUAAGAGUAAUGCGGCCACUCAGCGCGCCCGUCACGUCACUGGCCGUCAAGAUAAGAUCUCCUGGUGGCAAGAACGUAAAGAUUUGGACACCAGGAUGCGGAAUCUUGUUGAAAGAAUUGAGAGUGAUUGGCUGGGAGCCUGUAAAACACUAGACUUCAAGCCUGCUUGUGCGCUGUGGUCAAAAGUCUUUGAUGAUGGCGCCAAAGAACGUUUUGUCAAGAACGUCAGCGGACAUCUUGGGAACGUCAGUCUCGAUUGCAUCAAGACGGAUCAAGUGGCUAUAUUCUUGGCCGUCAACAAAGAUUUAGGUAACAGAGUGGCUAAGGCAAUCAGUCUUAAAGAUACGCCUGAGCCUUACAAACCCGAGCCUGCAGCUCAAGCAACUAAUUACUAA